AUGGCGGCUCUCCUAAACCCUAUGGCUCGGCGGCUCGCCGUCGCUGCCUCCCGCCGCCUUUCUACGCCGGCGGCGGUGGAGCCCUUCGUAGCUAACUGGAGCACCCAAGCAAGACGCAAUUCCAGUCUGGUGGAGGUUAAUGGAGGAUUUGGUGAGAUGGUUUCCAGCACACAGAAGUACUACGUGUUCGGAGGCAAAGGUGGUGUUGGGAAAACAAGCUUGGCAGCAUCUCUCGCUGUGAAGUUUGCCAACCAUGGUGAACCGACGCUCAUAGUCUCUAUGCACCCAGCACAUUCACUGGGUGAUACACUCGAACAAGACCUGAGUGGCGGUAAAAUCGUACCUGUCACUGGAGUUGACUCUCUUUUUGCGGCCGAGAUUGGCCAUGUGGAUGCGAAGGAGGACUCUUCUAGUUUUGGAUCUUCAAUGCGUAACAUGCUGGGCAAGAUAGGGCUUGGAGUUCUUGCUGAUCCGCUGGGAAAGAAUAAGCUGCAUGAAAUGCUGAUGAAAACUCCUGGAUUGGGGGAAGGCAUUGCAAUUUCAAAGCUGAUACAAAUCGUCGAACUGCAAGAGAGCAAUAAAUUUAGGCGCAUUGUUUUGGAUACUGGGGCCACUGGGCAUACACUUAACCUUUUGUCUGCUGCUACUUUAAUGGAGAAGUUCCUCAGUAUGGCCAAUAAGGCUGCGAAUGUAGCAUCUUCAUACCCUGCUCUUAAAUCAGUUUUUGGGAAAGAGCAAAUAGAUCCUGCCAAGAUAGAGGAACUGAGGCAGCAGAUUGCCAGAGUACGUGAUCUUAUACAAGACCCACAGUUAACCGAAUUUCUCAUUGUGACGAUUCCUACGGUGAUGGCCAUUACAGAAUCAUCAAGGUUUCAUGCUUCUUUAAAGAAGGAUGGUGCGCCGGCAACAAGGCUUGUUGUAAAUCAAGUAUUGCCUUUAUCUGCCUCUGAAUGCAGAUUUUGCGCUGUAAAACGGAAGGAAGAAACACGGGCCCUCAAUAUGAUAAGCGCGGAUCGUGAACUUGGUGGCCUAAAGCUAAUCCAAGCACCACUACAGGAUGUGGAGGUCAAAGGCGUCCCUGCUCUCAGAUUCUUCAGCGAUGUGGUAUGGAAAUAGCUGCUAUGAUGUGUAGACAUGAUGAGAAUUCUGGUUUCUUAUCUGAAGC